AGAAAUAUUAUUAUUUUUUAAUAAUUUUUUAAUAAUUAGUGUUUUAAUAAAUGUUUUCAUUAUAUUAAAAUAGAGAAGAUAAUGAAUUAUUGAUCUUCUCUUCUUCUAUUUGUUUUUCUUAUAACUUUUUUUAUUUUGCCUUUAAUGCAAAUGCCAUGAGACUACUUUCUUAGAAAUAACAAUUAAUCGAUAUCAAAUGUACACGUAAAUCAUUGAUUUUUUUCAAAUUUUAUUCUAUAAUUAAAAUGAGCUAGCUGAAAUAAUUGCAUCUUGUAUCCUUGACGAAUCUCCAAGGACGUAAAUAAUAAAACUUGUUCGACUUUAAAGUAACAUCAUUUUAACGUCAUUACACAUAAGUAUGAAAAUUUUUAUAUUUAAAUGUUAAUAAUUAAUUUUUAAUAUUAAAAAAAAUUACAAAAUCAAAUUAAUUUUUCGUUUUAUAAAUAGACGCGAAUAAUGAAACAGGAAAAGCAAUAGAUAUAAAAAAUAAGUAAUUUAUUUUCAAAAUAAUAGACAAGCAAUAUAAAUAUAAUUGUUUUGUUAAAUUGUAUAAUUAUUUUAUAAAGAGAAAAGUAUUUGUGAAAACAAAUGUUUGAAUAUUAAAAACUAAUCUAAACAAAUCUUAACAAUCAGAUGUCCCUUCCCUACGUGUGAAUAUUUCCUCCCACUAUUGCAGCUAAAGCGUUCACUUUUCUAUAAAAUCAUGCACAACUGUAAUUUCACCAUCAUUUUUUACACGUUUUACUGUUUUCAUCUUACAUAUUUAUACACAUCUUCGACAUUUCUUUAAAGGUGUAGUGUUUUCUGUUGAUAUUUAUUCAUCGAUUAAUAUUCAUUUCAAAUGUAUCCAUGAUAAAUGUAAUAAUUUAAAUUUAAUAGUUCAGCAUCGGUAUAAUCGAUUGGAAAGAAUUAUAAUUAUGAAAAUUAAUUUUUGUGUUUAUUAUGAAAAUCAUUGUGGGAAGAAAAACAAAAAAAAAUUCAAUUGUUGUUUCGAAUAACAUAUAAAGAAAAAUUUAAAUUAAAUUCUGCCUGUGUUGAUAACUUGAUAAUUAAAAAAGAAAAUGAAAAAUGAAAAUUCAAAUAUGUUCACAAAAUCAUGGUUUUUCAAUUUUCUCUUCUUAUUGUUCUUUCUUCAUACAAUCCAUAGUUCAACGAUCUUGAAGAGAAGUAAUAACGAUGAUUUCACACUUAUGACUUGUCAUCGAAAAGUACAACCUGGCAAGAAAAUGAUGGGAUUAUUCAUUGAACGCAUAAUAAAUUGUGAAAACUUACAAGAUUGUUAUCAUGCAUGUGAUUAUGAAAAGACUUUCGUGUGUAAAGGUUUUAAUCAUAGGAGAUACAAUACUAAUUCGAAAUGUACAUGCGAACUGACGUCAACACCAUAUUCUUGUAUGGAUAUUGAUGAAGAUUUCUUAAUCGAUUCUCAUUAUGAUUACUAUGAGAAGAUUGAAAAUUGCCCUUCUUCGACGUGGCGUGAUAGUGGUAUAUCCCAUUGGAAAGACCAUAUUAAAAAUUAUAAACAAAGUGAUGAUCAAAACACACGGUUCGAUCAUGAGAGUAAUAUUCAUCAAGAAACUUAUUCAUCUAAUCGCGAAUUAGCUAAUGAUUUUUCCAAUGGUCCCUCACGUUCUGGCAAACAAUCUCAUUAUGAAGAUGGUUUCAUGUCUCGUUAUCGUGAUUUAAAUUGGAAUCGCAAUUGGAAAAAUCCACAUUCUCGUUAUUCCAAUAUUAUUAAUGACAAUACUUUUCCUAGUUCUCUUAUUAAUUAUGACAAAGAAUAUUCGGAUAUAAGAUCCUCUCCAGUUUCCUCACGAUUCGGGGAACACUCUUCGAUACAAGAACAUUCCAUUCCUAAUGAAGAUGAACGAUUUCGUGGAAAAUUUUACAAUUAUGGAAAUACAUUCGCUUAUAAUGAUAAUUACAUGUCCGCUCCAAGAGAAUCAUAUUACGAGAAACAUGAAAAUUUACAAAUGACACAAAAAUGUUCAAUAAAAAUUGUUUCGGGUUCAAAAUUAAGCAGAAGUAUUUUACGAAAGACUUGCAUCACACAUGAUUUGCAACAAUGUGAAGAGUUUUGUAUCAAUGAGACAGAUUUCUCUUGUAAAAGUUUUGCUUACAGAUACAACAUAGUAACUACAAAUCCUACUGAUAAUUGUUUACUGAGCGAGCAUUCCUAUCAAGAUCUAAAUUUUUAUACGGAUCUUGAACCAAAUCGUGAUUACGAUAGUUAUGGAUUAACGUCAGACACUAAAAUCUGUCAUUUAAAAAAAUCAGCAAAUCGAUAUCCUUCGGAAGAAUGUUUCUCGAGGAUUAGAAGUGGAUUUAACAUGCCGAUAGACAUUACGAAAAAAUCACUGUUCGUUCAAGAUUUUGGAGAAUGCCAACUUGCAUGUACUACGUCACAAGAAUUUAUUUGUAGAAGUUUCGUUUUCAAAUAUACAAUGAUUAAUCACAAGGUAGAUAAUCACGAACACCUAUCAUCAAACUGUUUCUUAAGUGAUUGGCCGGCAGAAGAAAUAAAUCCUAUCAAUAUGCCAGAUAUGGAUGGUGCUGAAUUAUAUGAAAGAAAUAUACUCUCUCGCGGUUGCGAAAUGUAUCCUUUACCAUUAUCAAUUCCAAAUAUGAUUACUUCAUAUGGCAAAGAAUUCUCUCCAAUGCAUAUGAAUCAACUUUGUUAUUCCGAAUAUCAUAGACCAUGUAAAUUAAUGUCUCAUGCAAUAGUAUCUGCAUCACGAGCAGUUACAAAGUCGGAUUGCCUGAAUAAAUGUUCGAUAAUGAGAAAUAGCGGCAUGAUACCUUGUAUGUCAUUCAAUUAUAUUAUUACUAUCGAUAAUGCACAAAAUAAUUGUUUUCUAAGUGAUAUAUCGAUACGAGAUCUAAGACCAAAUUUAGAUUAUAUUCGUGACAAUGAUCACAUGUUAUAUACAUGGAAAGAGUUUGAUCCAUACUGUAGUUUAACUGCUUUCAAUAUGAUAAAUGCAACACCAAAAUAUGAAAAACAUGGCGAAUUAUAUCCUAAUACGUUCAAUUAUCCAAAUACUCAAAAGAUAUUAGAUCGUGAGAGAAUACAUAGUAAUAGACCGAUUUUUUAUUCUCCUGCUCAAUGGAAAAACAAAUUUAGAGAUGAAAACUACGAACAAGAUUAUAAACAUAAAUUGUUUAAUGGGAAUAACAAUCCUCCUUUUGAAUCUGAUAAUUUAGAACAUGAAAUUUUUUACUCAAAUCAAAUUUCUCCAUUUCGUCGUUAUACGGUAAAUGGUUAUCCUUGCAAAAACGGAACCACAUGUCAACAAAAUGAAAUCACAGGAUUUUGGUCUUGCGAAACUGAAAAUGAACAUGGUAGUUGGGAUUAUUGUUGCGAACCUAAUCAUCAAUGUGGAUUUUCUCAAGGAUACCAUUAUCCUUGGUGUCAUGUAGGUUCUAAUGAAGAUCAAUGGAGGCCUUGUAGUGAAACAUAUUAUCCAUAUUAUCAUGCAAUGGAUCAUUCAACUUAUCGUCAAUCAAUCGCACGUCAUUGGCCAAUGAUUUAUUUUCAUGAAACAUCACCUCCAAAUUGUUCUACUAAUCAUUUUAAUAUUAAGGAUUCAUAAAAAAUCAUAAUAAAAUAUCUUUUAAUAAUAAAAUAUAAAAGUAAAUAUAUUAUUUAUCGUUUAUGUAUAA